UGAAUACCCCCAUUAUUCUUUGAGUACUGUGAGAAGACUAACCUUACCAUGGUUCUCUUGAUGCUUAUGUUGCUAACGUUGAUUUACCCUGAUAUGUAGUUUCGGUUCUUAAAUCAAGGCUCACACUGAUGUAGAUGCCUGUCAUCAUGGAAUAAAGAGAAGUUUACUUUGGCUGUUCAAGAUGAUGAGAUGUUUGUCCUAUUCUAAUUCAUAUAAACAAGGGAUAUUGUACCUAGCUAACCUCAAAUAUUGGAGAUGGGUGAUGUUUCGAAGCGAGCAGCUACGUGAAUUACUCUAACCAAGUAACAGUGCAAACAACAAAACAGUGGACAUCCGUUGCAUCUUGGAGUGAUCUGUGCCUGGACAGCAGGGUGUGGAAUCAAGCUGCCCCAGAUCCUGUGCGCUCGGUGUCUGCUGAUGAGCACGCAAGGCAAGCGUCUCCCAUGUGAUGUGCCUCUGAUGCCGCACACAAUUCCGUGUGCUAAUCGUCUGACAGAGAGACGGUGGUGAUCGUGUUUUCUGGGCGCAAUAAAGCUUUUUAGUCAUGGCUCCGUUUCCAGCCCAUGUUGAGGUUCUCGGUGCGUCUUUCCUCUCUCCAUCGUACGUCUCUCGCUUUCCCAUUGUCUUUACCAUUAAUGCGUCAGCUGUUGAUGAAAAUGUGAGCCAGCUAAUAGCGGGCCUCUGCACGCUGUGGUGGCUGCAGUUUUGCUGUGCCGAAAGGGGUACCUCUAUCAAUGUUGCUUUGUACACAUAAUUUCUCGACGGUUCGCUUAAGUCAUCUUUUUUCUUGCUUGCUACUAUAUGAAAUAAUACGUUGGCAUAUAUGUAAUGCGUGUUGUUAAAGCUUAGUCAUGUCUUGAGGAAGUCUUGAUCCACUAUCUAAUACUGUACGCUGGAAGUCUGUCCUCAUUCGUCCUUUGCCCACAGUAUUAAGCAAGCUGCGUUUGGUCUGAGCGAUCAAUUCCAUCUACCACGAACCUAUUUGCUCUUAUAAAGAAAAGAGGGAGAACCCAUAACGGAUUCGGUUGAAAACAGAAGCUGGUCAUACAUACGAUGUUGGCUGCGAACCCGGAGAAAAGAAUUCUCCGAGGAACAACUCAACAGAGAUAGUACUACAAUAACAAAGCAAACGAUGGCGUAUGGUUAGAUAGGUAAUCUCGAUUUGUUUUCCUGCCUUGACCAGGUCAACCCAUUUGAGGAUGGAUGAAUGAUAAUGGCAACUUGGUGAGAACAAUUCAUUUAAGAAGCGGCCAUGGCCGCAACAACCAGCGGUCCUCCCUCCUGCCCUCUUCCCUCCCCUCUACUCUAGUUAGGUGGAAGAGGUUUUUGUUAAGCUUUGAGCUGUUUCCUUUGGCUCCAUCCUCCUUUCCAGUCCAUGAAAAGCACAGCACAUUCCCAACUGCCACCUUGCUCCGUCGCCUCCCAGCUGUGUGUUGUGUCCCGUGCCCUUUAAUUAGCCCGCUGUCAGUUCCAGCAGGCUUCUGAAACUCCCCAAUCAUAAGAACCAUCCUGCCCUGCCCUGCGCCAACUUCCAUCGCUCUGCUAGCCUUCCGGCUGCUGCUCCCCCCCUCUCUCCCUCUCCUCCUCGUUUCCUCUUGUGAAUUGUGAUCAAGAGGGGAGCGAGAGAGAAGAAGAGCGGGGAGGGGAAAGAAGGAUCAAUCGCCCGAGAGCUUCUCCCUGAUCAGUUCAUCACCAGGCGCAAUCAUCCUCAUCGUUUCUUAAUGGCCGGGAAAGGAGGGCCGGUGGUUCCCAAGUUCGGGUCGUGGGACGCCGAGAACAUCGGCUACACCGUCUUCUUCGAGAAGGUGCGCGAGAACAAGACCGCGCCGGUGCCGGGUGCGGCGCCGGCGCCGCCGCCCAGGGCGCACGACGACCAAGAGUUCGACCCCUACGAGUACUACGAGAACCUCAGCCGGAACGUGCCCUCGCGCCCGCCCAGCUCGCACGGCCACGGCCACCAGGCGCCGGCGCAGCACUACGACCACCUCGGCGGUAGCGUGCCCUCGCGGCCGCCGAGCUCGCACGGGCACGGGCACGGGCACGGCCACCCCUCGCCGGCGCAGCACUACCCCGCGCAGCACGGCCACGGGGGGUACCACCGGCGGAACGGGAGCAACGGCAGCAGCGCCGCGUCCGAGGUCAGCAGCCGCGCCAGCAAGUUCUCGCCGCCCAGGCCGUACCAGCCGCGCUACGGCAACAACGGCGGGAGCUACAACCAGCACCACCAGCAGGGCGCCGGCGAGUACGCCGCACCGGGGCCAAGGCACCACCCGCACGCCGCGCCGGCGCCGAGGGCCGUCGCGUCUCCUCCGCGCCACGCGCCACCGCCGGCGAACGAGCGGCAUGGCGCGCCGCAGGCCCGUGCCGCCAAGGCCCCGUCGGCCGUGCCCAAGUUCGGCGUGUGGGACGAGCAGAACGCGAACGCGAACGCGGCGGCGCAGGGCUUCACGGUGCAGUUCGAGAAGGUGAAGCGGCACCGGGAGGCCGCCAAGGCCGCCGCGCCGGACGUGCCGCCGCAGCUCUCGCCGGACCGGGCGGCGCCCACGUGGGGCCACCCGCGGAGGAAGCCCAAGAAAUCCUUCCUGUCCAAGGUUUACGGGUGCCUGUUCCCGGUGGUCAGACAGUGAUGGGGCAGCGGGUUGUUAGUAUUAAUCCGACCGUAGUGGCUGCUGCUUUUGAUCUUAUAUAUACAUGUUUUCCGAAAGGAACCCUUGGUUGAUAAUGUAUACAGUAUUUCAUUUGUUCUUUGGUUGUUCGUUGUUACGGUACUACUAUAUGUAUACUCCCGGUAUUAAUAAAUCAUGGCAAGAUAAACGAGAUUGCUAAAUCUCAGUUGUUCGGACUA